UCUGCUCCCCGCCGCCCUCGCGCUCAGGCAGUGAAGUGUAGAUGUGGUUUUAAUUCUUCAACUUGAAGGGUCGCGUGAGCAGGACGAGCUGACGAGCUUAGGGGCGCGAGGACAGGGGGGAAGUGUAUAGUGCUGUAUAGUUGUUGUUUUUUUUGGUCCCCCGUGUUGUUUCCGUGUUUUCCGUGUCGGCGUCCAUCAUGUCAGUGACUCGUUCAGCCGGUGUGGUGCUCCUGUGCGCGGUGUUGGCUGUGACUCGUGGCCGCAGGAGUUCACCGGAGCAGGAGGAUGUGGAGGAGAAAAUCAACAGCGCCAGAUGCACGUCCAGGUGCCUGACUCUGCACAUGACUCAGCUCACCGCUGCCUUCAGACACAUCCAGAGUGACCAAGUUCUGGUUUGGUGUGAAAACAACAGACGCUGCGCUCAGUGUCUUCAGCCAUGCAGGGAGCUGUGGGAAACCAGGAAGGUGCUGUCUCCAAAGUCCUGUGAGAAGCAGACAGAGUGUGUAACGAGCAGGGAGUUCCUUGCCUCUCUGAGGUCGUCUCGUCAGGGCGACUGUCCACCACCACAGCGAGCCACCGGCUUCGCUGCAGCUUGUGUGGAGAGCUGCUCCUCAGACCAGCACUGUCCCUCCCCCAGAAAGUGCUGCUCCAAUGGCUGUGGACACACUUGCCAAGCCCCAGCCAACCCAUACAAAGGUGUUCCCCUGAAGCCUCGCAGGGAGAUGAGCUUUGUAGAGAAUCCAGAAGGUCACGUGAAGGUGGUGUGGGUGUCAAAGUUCAACGUCAGCGUGGAGCCGAUCAUUUACAUGCUUCAGUCCCGCUGGAACGUGGGCAUCCAUCCCAGCGAAGACCACGCCACGCCAUGGACUACUGCCGCCAUGACCCUUUCUGAAGAGGUGGUUCUGACAGAUCUGAGGCCUCAGCGCUGGUACCAAUUCAGAGUAGCAGCCAUCAACAGCCAUGGCAGCAGGGGCUUCACGACACCGAGCAAACACUACAUCUCCAGUAAAGAUCCUUCACCUCCAGAACCUCCAGUCAACAUUCGAGUGAGCAACCAGUCUUUAGAUUGGAUGAGUUCACUACCAGGGGCCCAGUUCACAGAGAGGACAAAAGGAAGCGGGGUCACGGUGGCGGUCUUGUUACGCUGGGAGCCCCCCACAGAGGGAGACCUGCCGGUCCACAACUACAGAGUCACCUGGAUGUCUCGGCAUACGCACACAGCCCAUAAACACGCUCAUGCACUGCAUGGACACACGCAUUCAGUCAACAACAACAUGCACACACACCCUCGCACAGCGGAACAAGGGAAGAAGGAGAGCAACAGCAGAGUGACUCACGGGGCGCAGUGUGAGCUGUGGCUGCAGGGUCUGUUGCCUGCUACUUCCUACUUUCUGUCUGUCCAGACUGUAGCCUUCUGGAGCCAGAAGAGGCUCAAGAGUCCCCGAGCUCAGUUUAUGUUCACAACAAUAAGUCAUGCAGGCGAAGACUUCUCCAAUGAGCUCCCGUCUUCGUCGUCUUCAUCCUCGUCGUCCCUCCCUUCAUCGCCUUCCCUGUCGUCCUCCUCCCCUGCUUCCUCUGACCUCCCUCUCUCCCCCUCUAAUCCUCGACCUGAACCUCCCCCGAACCCCGAUAACCUGCGCCUUGAGGUAGCGGCCCCUCAUUACCAUGACAACCAGCUGCAGGUCAAGGUGUUCUGGAAGUGGCUGUACCAUGGCAGACAGAGACAUCCUGGUCCAUACAUCUUGCGGUGGCAUCCACAUACGUGCAGCGCUAAUGUCACAGGCACCGAGAGAACAACAACUGUGCAGGGCACGCAUCACACCAUCACAGGCCUGUUGUUUGCCUGUAAGUACCGGGUCGCCGUGGCAAUUAAGGCUGACCCAGGGUCAGAGGCUGUUGCCUGGGUUACAACCCCAACUUGCUCUUCCAUCAGGGUCAGAGGAGGCAGAGCUUUGCCCUGCAACACCGAGGAGCGCCUCCUGGCAGGCAGAAAGGUGGUACUGCGUCCAGAGCGGCUCACUGCUGACUUCCAACAAGUCAACGGCACCUUGCUCACUACAUUUCGCUGGAGGAUGUCCCAGCAUGCACUGAACCCGGCGGCAGUGGAGGGGUUCCAGUUCUCCUGGACACUUCAGUCAGGGGUUACCACGGCAACAGAGAGGCGGGAAGACACACGGAUUUCCCAGACACAGACGAUUGCACCGUCUCAGCGGUCAGUGACCGUACGCGGCCUUCAGGGAAACAGUGUCUAUCAGCUGCAGCUCCAGGUGCUAACAGCAGGGGGCAGCAGUGGCGCGGCAGUCUCCAAGACCGUUCACACUCCAGCUAUCAACGCCACACUUUGAUGGGAUUCAAACGCCGCCACCACCAGCAGCUGCUGCAGCACUGUCAUCGUCCCCGACAUCCACUUCAGUCUGGAUUUCAUUCAAGUGCAAACAACUUCAAAAAUGAGUUCCUCUGUGUGACGUGGAUUCUCACAUGAAAGUUUCUCGUUCACUUUUAAUCACAGCCGAAAAAGGGCUGAACGAUUUUGAAUAAGUAUAAUAAUUGUGAUUAUUUUGACAGGGAUUGCGAUAUGAUUCGUGAUAUCAGAGGGAAUGGUACAUUUUAACACAUCAUUAUUCUUAUUUUCAUUCAUUACUGUGUGAUAUUUGUGCAGAUCUGUGAGAAACAACGACGUUCUCUUCAGUCUGUAGAAUAAGACGUGUAUAGAUCAAAACAGUAAUUAGUCUAAAGUGAUAUUUUGACUCACACGUUUUGGCUUUAACAAAUUAUUUUGCCUCCUGCAAUUGGGAUUCUAGCCCUGAUUCAUUGUUCAGUCCUACAGUCAGUAACACAGAUUUCAAAUUACUGUCAUUACUCUUUCAACGAAAGGUGUGAAAAAUGGGAUCUUUUCAAAUUUUGCUACAUGUUUUUCACCUGUGCAAGUACUGACAGUUUUAAUAGUUAACAUUAAACCCAUAUUUCCACUGUUUUCUUCAAGUGGAAACUCAUCAUCGCGAGACUUGACACUCAGCUGCGUCUUUACAAAUAAAGUCUCAUCACCCCCGGUGUCAAAUAAAUGUAUUAUGCCUGUCGUGUAUGUUCAUGAUCAAGUAGAGAAUAAAAUAUAGCACUGACCUUAUGUACAAAUAUAAAUGUAUAGCUAUAGACUGUGUUUGUUUUAAUGCAUUAUCUCUGAAGCUAGUGGGUCUGACUCGUGCAGAAAUCUUCUAAGUAAGUAAGCAAAUAUUUUUGAUAUUUUUGUUCAUUUAUAUGUUUUUUUUAAUGUGUGUGAAUUUUACAUUUUGUGCAGCAUUUCAUUUUACCCCGACACGCUGUUCACCGAUUUCACCAAGCAGUCAUUAAUGUUGUCAUAUCUGUGGUACAGUAGGUUUCUUUCUCAUCAAGCCAUAUUCUCUCUUCUCUAUGUAACUUUUUAACUGUUGAUAAUUUUGUACUUAAUUCCUUUACUUCUUUUUUUGUCUGUUAGUUUUAUUUAUUGUUUUCUAAUCUUAGAUUUUUAUAAUUAAAGAUUAUCAGGACA